AACCGGGAGGAAAUUUAACCACAGUAGUGCAUUCGUCCUCGCUGAAUACAAUGCUCGCCAUUUGUCAUCAGUCAGAUUAAAUUGAUUAGAUUAUUCGCGAGACUCUACACGGAAUAUCAGCAGAAUGUCGACAACUAUUGAUAAGACCAAAAUAAAUGUCACUUGCGAGAAUGGUGUUUGGACGCGAAUUAUCGAGCCUCCAGGGGAUACCUGGCAGGCUUUUGGACAGACGCUUUUAGAGCGAAUGAAGAAAGUACCACAGCGCGUUGGUCAGAUUGAUGGACUAACUAGUGAAGAAGACACUUACGCGUCCAUGCUGGAUCGAGCAGUGCGAUGUGCCCUGUGGCUGAGGAAACAGGGGGUCAAACCCGGAGACUUCAUAGGGAUUUGCACUCGAAAUCAUUUAGACACUUUCGUUCCAGUUCUAGCAGCGAUAUUCACCGGAGUUGUCUUCCAUCCUUGGUGGGAUGUCAACUUGACUGACGAUAUGGUGAAGUACUUCCUGGAGCUGGGAGAGCCAAAAGUGGUGUUCGUGAGUGACAUGCUAGCUGAGACUGUUCAGCAAGUAAUCCAUAAUCUCGGCAGGAGCACAAAAGUUGUUGUCUUUGGAGAUUGUUCUGCUGGGGUCACACUCCAUGACGUUCUAAGGGAACAAGAUCCCAAGGAUGUGAACAAUUUCGUGUGCACGAGAAUUGAAGACGCAAGACAGCCGGCUGUCAUGAUCUGCACUUCAGGAUCCACUGGAUAUCCAAAAGGUGUUCUCCACUCAUAUGCUUGGCUGGAGAAGUGCUCGCAUAUUGCUCCAGACAAAUAUGUUGUGAACAGCAUCAUCUUUUGGUUUUCCGAGAUCUGUUGGAUCAGUGCAAUUGGAUCCACUAUGAGCUUACUGAGAAAUUGUUCCACAGCUGUGAUAUAUUCACGACCCACAAUAGAAACUCUCUGUGAAACGGUUGAGAAGUAUAAAAUCAAUUGUCUCAUAAUUGGCGUCGCAACAGCGAACCAGUUUUACAAAUUGAAAGGUGUUGAGCACUACGACUUGUCUUCCAUAAAGUACGUAAUUUAUGGUGGUAGUGGUAUCAGUGAAGAAGUGGAUAUGAACAUGAAGAGAAUAUUUCCAACUGCUGACCUAUCCCUCGCAUACGGGAUGACGGAAAUGGGAGUUAUCGUACGACGAGAUGAUGCGCCCAAAAAAUACACCUGUUGUGGCAGAAUUCGAGAAAACUGUCAACUGAAAAUUGUUGAUCUGGACAGUGGGCAAACCGUGGGGCCCAAUGAACAAGGGGAAAUUUGUUUGAAGUCACCCUAUAUGAUCCUCAGAUAUCAUAAGGACCCGAAGAGCACUAAGGAGAUUAUAGACCAAGAAGGCUGGUAUCAUUCUGGUGAUUUGGGGUAUAUAGAUGCGGAUGGCGAUUUAUUUGUAAUCGAGCGACUCAAGGAAGUAAUAAAGUACAAAACAGUUUUACCAGUACCACCGUUAGUCGUAGAAAGAGUCCUCUUGGAGCAUCCAGAUAUCAAUGAGGCGGGAGUCGUUGCAAAACCCGAUUUACAGGACUUGGAGCUACCAAUGGCUUUCGUCACAGUCCGUGCUGGUUCUCAAAUAACUGAAGAAAAGAUCGUCAAAUAUGUGGAAGAUAACGUCCCCGACCACAUGAGAAUUCGAGGAGGCGUCAAGAUUUUGGAAAAAAUGCCUGUUACGCCCUCAGGAAAAAUUUCGAAAAAGCUGUUGCGAGAGAUAGCACGAGCAACGGCUAACGAGCCAUAUCGAGAAAGUCACACCAACUGAAUUCUCUAUUGAUUUUGGAAAACUUCGUCCACGCAAAUGAUAAAAUAAUGUUCUUUGUAAUUUACAUUGUAGAAAUAAAGCACGAUAUCCCUUAA